AUGUUUUGGCGCUUUGGCGUGGCACCUGUCUCUUCGCUCUCCAAAUUGCUUGAGAAGCAAGACGUGAGCUUGGAGGAGGUUCUAGAUGAUGCUGAUAUCUUGCAGGAAUGCAAGUCAAAUAAUCAAAAAUUGAUUGAGUACCUGCAGCAACCCAGUGUACUCUCACGCUUACUGGAUUAUGUCGUUGGUGCUGUUGAAGUCGUCGAUGUAUCAGGAAGCGAAGCUGAAGAGAAUGUUGGAUUCAAAUAUCCUUUUAUUGCAUCUGAAAUCUUAAGCAGUGAGAUCCCAGAAGUGUCGGCCCUUUUGUUUGAAAACUCGAACAAAUAUUUGGAGCCAUUCUGGUACCAGUUUCUGAGUAUGGCAGCAGAUGCUCCGCAACGGCCAAUUCCGCAUCAUGAGCAUCCUCUUACCAAGGCUGCUUAUGGUCCGAAAGCUGCGCCAGAUGGUGAAAAUGAAGAGCCAUCGGAAGAGCAACAAAGUUACUCUGCGCGAACACAUGGUCCUGGUUUUACUGUUUUAGCUGGAUACUGGACAAAGGUUAAUACAGCUCUUCUUGACCAUCACCCUCAAGAGAUGCUUGCCUUCAUCAAGACCAUGCCCAGUGUAGUAGAGGGUUUUGCGGCUCAUUUUGAGACGCCUGCUGUUGUGGACCUAUUGUUCCGUCUUAUCCAGUGCGAAGAUUCUGUCCCCGAUUCGAACAUCGUUUCAUGGCUAUCGGAACGCGACCUCGUUUCUCAUGUCGUUUCGUUGCUUUCCCCUCAUGCUUCGACGGAUAUGCACAAGGCAGCUUCUGAGUUUUUGAAGACGAUUAUUUCUCUCUCGGCCCCGUCUCCAUCUUCUUUGAAUCAAGUACCCGUUCAUGACACGUUCGGUGGCCCUGGUGAGAUGCUCUUGGGUGCAGGAGGUGUCAACAACAUUCUUGUUCGUGAACUUGCGUCAGAAGAGAAUGUGAAUAAAAUGGUAAGCUUCAUGUUGGAUUAUGAGCCCUGGAAACGCCGUCAAAGUGUUGUUCGCGAUGAAGCCAAGAAACCUUUUAGCGGCAUCCUUGAUGCGUCGCUACAAACACUACCCGAAGACUCUGCUGUUGAGGAAGAAGAGGAGGAGGAGGACGUCUCGAUAAUCCACCAAACUAUGAAAGAUCGUCAGAAUCGGCACCUCUCUAUGUCGCGGCGUCUUUCUGCCGCUGGUACUAGCGUCCGAGACUCCACUGCCACAGUUCGGCCUUCGAUGGUCCGCCGUCAAAGCUCAACACAACGAGGCCUAUCGCAAGAAUCCAUCACCUCUUCCUUCGUCAAUUGCGCUGGUGUAUUCAUUGAACUUAUCCGCAAAAAUAACAGCGAUUACUUUGAGCAGCACUUGUUCCAUACCAUCCGCAACUAUCUCGUAUUUCGCCAGCAAGAAAUUGCAAACCAACACCAGCAAGAAAAAGCGUCCCAAAAGCAAUCCGAGCCUGCUGCUGCCGACAAACCAGAGCUAUCUCUGGAUGACCUGCCUAUUGAUGGGGAUGCUGACGCAGAAGGCUUGGAAGAAGCCAUGAAGGAGGUAUCAGAGAAAAUGGGUAUUGUUCACCUAGGUCCUUUACUUCAAAUACUCGCCGAAAAGAUACCCGAUCUACAGGAGAAAAUGCGACGUCCUCCGCAAGACACUUCUAUGGUGGAAACGACUCUAGGUAAAAUUGAGCCAUUGACUCAAACCCGCUACUGUAUCGCUGAGCUCUACGCUGAACUUUUGCAUUGCUCCAACAUGGCCCUUUUGAAUCGAGCCAAGAAUGUGGGCCCUCGGUACUCGCCUUCAGGAUCUCUGAUGGGCGGACUUGUGGGCCUACAGGCGCUGUCCUCUACUCUUCAGGGCGAGGAUGCUAUUAUGCCUCCGGAUAACGAAGCGAUGGCCAGUGAAGAGUGGUCGCCCGACAAAGAUGAACACGAGGACAACGUGGAACCUCCGUCGGGUGCUCCUUCUGGGGAACCCAAUGCAGCUGCUGCGCUGCCUGCCAAGGAGUCAGAGGCUGACUUGUCCGAAUCCUCUGAAUCUGAACAAGAUGAUGCUGCCAGUAUUGCCUCUGUUCUCUCUAGUAUGUCCUUGGCCGACUUGACCUCGCAAUUGAGUCAUCGAUCAAGCGUUGCCGAGGAGAGUGAUUAUCGAAUUCGAGGAAACUACCUGAAGAAGCAGUUUUUGACGUACGAGGUGAUUCCUACGCUUGUGGAAUUGUUUUUGGAAUUCCCUUGGAACAAUUUCUUGCAUAAUGUUGUGUACGACAUUAUUCAACAGCUCUUUAAUGGAGACGUGGACAGCCCCAUUAACCGGAAAUUAAUUAUCUCUACAUUCAAUGAUGCCUGCCUCGUGGAAGCCAUUCUCGAAGGUGUACGGCGUAAUCGCCAGUCGACGUCACAGCUCCGACACAUUCGCCUUGGCUAUAUGGGUCACCUGAAUUUGAUUGCCGAGGAAAUCAUCAAGCUGUUGGAGCGGUAUCCCAUGGAGGUUGGCAGUGCUGUCAACGAACAUUUCUCACCCGAUUGGGAGAGGUUUUUGAAUGAAGAGCUCAGCGAAUCUCGAGCCAAAGAAUCCAUGCCAUUAGCUGGUGGCCGCCCCUCUGGCAAUGGUUUAGGUAUGCAAAACUGGUCAAAUCUGGAGUCUGAUGAAUGGUAUUCUGAGAAUGAUAGCAACCACACUUUUGCGCAAUACCUUUCAGCCCAAAUGCGUACAGAUGGUGGCGAUGAUGAAUCCAGCACGAACGUCUUAGCAUAUAUGAAUGAUGCUGACCCUCUGCUUGGCCGCGGUGGAUCAGGUGAUGAUGAAUGGGGGCCUUUUGCAGACUCGUCACAGUCAGCCUUUGAGUUUACAUCUACUGCUUCUGUGACGACAAAUACUAAAACGUAUCAGGAAAACCUCACACCUGCAGACUGGGCAGCUGAAUUCCGGAGAGGCGGUGCUACUACUUUGUCGGACAUGCCUGAUGAUUCUAACGUCGACAAUGACUCGGAUUCUGAUGAGGCUAACAGUGUCCAAGGGCGCGAUGACUAUUCAGCAUCGAGCACGGACUCUGAAGAUAACUACGGAGAUGAUUCGCCCUACGUGGAUCUGCAUAAACCUGCAUCGCUUCGCCAGCGCACUCAAAACAUCGAACGCAUGCAGCCCGAUCGUCUUCCUGAGCCCAAUGAACAAAGUACGGAAGAUUGGCCUGCAGCGCAUGCAGCACGCCAUGUCCGCACGUUAUCAUCAGGUGGCGAAGAUCGAGCGGCUACGCUUGCAGCAGCUCAAUUACCUGAAGACGUCGAACCGACAGCAGAAGGUCUUCUCCGACGUACUUUGGCCGAUGGCACCACAGUCACUGUGCCAUUGGAUGAUGCAGAGUUGUCUCAAACACAAUCGGCGAUUGUGGACGACAGUUAA